AAUGGAGAAGAAGAGUUCCAUUUUAAUGCAAAGGUACGAGCUUGGGAGGAUGCUUGGGCAGGGCACUUUUGCCAAAGUCUACCAUGCUCGUAACCUUAAGUCAGGCCAGAGCGUGGCCAUCAAGGUCAUUAAUAAAGAGAAAGUGAUGCGUGUUGGGUUGAUCGACCAAAUCAAGAGGGAAAUCUCUGUGAUGCGCCUUGUCCGCCAUCCCAAUGUAGUGCAGCUUUACGAGGUCAUGGCUAGCCGGACCAAGAUCUAUUUUGCCAUGGAGUAUGUCAAAGGUGGGGAGCUUUUUGAUAAGGUGGCUGAAGGCAAGCUCAAGGAAGACGCUGCUCGUAAGUACUUUCAGCAGCUCAUUGGCGCUGUUGAUUAUUGCCAUAGCCGUGGCGUCUACCAUAGAGAUAUCAAGCCUGAAAAUCUCCUCCUUGAUGAGUUUGGGAAUCUCAAGAUUUCUGAUUUUGGGUUGAGUGCUUUGGCUGAGUCUAGGCGGCAAGAUGGGCUUCUUCAUACCACUUGCGGCACUCCUGCCUAUGUCGCCCCUGAAGUCAUCAACAAGAAAGGUUAUGAUGGAGCUAAAGCUGACAUUUGGUCAUCUGGGGUUGUCCUGUUUGUUCUUCUGGCGGGUUAUCUCCCUUUCCACGACCCAAAUCUAAUGGAAAUGUACAGAAAAAUCUCGAGAGGAGAAUUCAAAUGCCCUCACUGGUUUCCCCCAGAAGUUCGCAAGCUGCUCUCAAGAAUCCUAGACCCAAAUCCACAAACCAGAAUAAAAAUGGCCAAACUAAUGGAAAAUUCAUGGUUCAAAAAGGGUUUCAGCGCAAAUGUAGCAACUCCAAAGCCGCUUCAAAUUAAUCGAAACAUGUCGGGUGUGAGCGACGUCCAGAUCGAUUUCGACGACAGCAGCUCGGAGGAAGGCUCUGUUAGUACAAGCAACGAGAGUGGAACACCACCAGCAGGCAGAACCCCAAGGAGAAACCAUUCCUUCAAUGCAUUCGACAUCAUAUCUCUGUCGCCAGGUUUUGAUCUGUCGGGUCUGUUCGAGAGCGACGUGAAUGAGAGGCCGCAGUCACGUUUCACGACAACGAAGCCAGAGUCGGCGAUCGUGUCGAAGUUUGAAGAGAUAGCAGAAAUGGAAAGGUUCAAGGUGAUGAAGAAAGAUGGGUUAGUGAAACUGCAGGGGAGCAAACAGGGGAGGAAAGGACAAUUGGCUAUAGACGCAGAGAUAUUUGAAGUGACGCCUUCGUUUUUUGUGGUGGAGGUGACAAAAACAGCAGGGGACACAUUGGAAUACAGGAAAUUUUACGACAAAGACAUGAGGCCUUGCCUUAAGGACAUUGUGUGGACUUGGGAAGGAAAUGAACAACCAACCACAUAAUGAUGUUUAGGCAGGUGCUUAAGUUCUGUCUUCUAGAAAUUAAUAUUAGAAAGAAAAAGAAGAAGAAGGCCGCUGCUCUUCUUAAUCUUAUCUUAUCUCUACGUUUUCUUGAAUGUGUAAUCCUUCUGAGCUCAUUAAGCUCUUCCUUGUCUUGUUCAACUUCCUCGUACGCCUUGGAAUAUAAAUCCAGCGACCGAGGCAGUGGCUGUUUUCAAAGCAAAGAAGGAAAGAAAGACACACAGAAUUUAGAAGUUGUUUGUUGUUGUUGUUCUUGCGCUAUCAUGUCCAUGUCUGUUUACACGAAUAACCCA